ACAUCCUUGGAGAAGAACGCGAAUCCGUGUUAGAAAGGAGCGAGGAAAACCCAAACGCGUAUGGAAACAAAUAACGCAAAGAUCCGACUUUUACCUGAUCCAGACGAAACCGACUGAGAGACCACCACAGCAGACAGAAAGAACCUGUAGGCUGACAUUUCCAAAGGAACGGCAGCAGGAAUAUAUAACCACCGAACAAGUAAUUAGAAUGCUUAUUUGACAGAGAACAGUCUGACGGUUUCAGCUCCGCUUACGGAAGGAGUCUCUAUAAUAAUGGACAAAAAAGCAGAGGUUUUAGUAUGUGGCGCUUCAAUUAUGAAGGAUGUCUGGGAAAUCAGACUGAGGGAGUAUCGACAGAAACGGCAGAUGGAAGAAGAGAGGAUACGGAAGAGCGCUCUGGAAAGAAUCAAUCAGGAUUGGAAGGGGCGCAUGUCCUUCAAGAUUAAAAGCCCUAAAAGGCUGGAGAGAAAAGCAAAGCUUCCUGAAGAAUCGACUCUUGAUGUACACAAGGCUAAAAAGACCCACCUUGGCAGGUCUCAAGGCUUCCAGAGCAGUCGGAUUCAAAGGCAGGUGGACUCGACGAAAACUACAAAAGCCAAUAAACUGGCUCUGUUACGUCAGCUCAAUGAAAGCUGCCCGGGGUUGAUGGUGUGGGCGAAGUCUUGGAAGUUUUCCCAACCUUUGCCACAACCUGAAGAAAGACCUUGUGCAUUCAACUGGGGGCAGUCAUGGAAGUUUCUCAAUUUUCAGCCAAGCACUGAUGGUAAACCAUGGUUUGAUCUUGGGUUUGAUGCCAACAAUGAUUUGAGCUCCAAUGACAUAUUUCUAUGGGAGAAACGUAGCAAACCUUCAGACUCCGAGCACAUUAAACAAGACCUGGUCACUGCAGAAUGGGAAAAGUCUUGGAUAUUCAGUCAGAAAAGAAAAGAGUUUCAUGAAAACAAAAAUAAAAGUUAUUGCAACAAAUUUUACAAUCAAUAUGAGGAAAUUGCAUCAGACUGGAACGAGUCCUGGAAGUCAACGAAGCCUGUAAAAGAAGUAGAUGUUAAAUAUGAUUUCAUUCAACCCACAGCUAAUGAGGAAAAACAACCAUGGAAUAAUUCUGGGAUGCACUUUAAAAAGCAGCUUCAUAUGAAAUCUAAAGCUACAGUUAAUUCAGCUUGGAGUGAAUCUUGGAGAGUUGCGAAAACCAUGUCAGAAAAGGAGACUAAUUCAAUCCAAUCUCAAGCAAAGGAGCCUGAGGAGCUGCAUCCCGACAUCUGCAACAUGAUAAUAAAUGUGUCUAAAGAGAUGAAGAACAAAAUUCAAUGGAGAUCUCAGUUCGGUAGGAGGGAGAAUCAGCUGCCUGAAUGGGAAAAAUCAUGGAUGACCAUAAAAAAUCAGUCAGAGUAUAAAGAAGAGAUAAAUAAAGAGAUUGAAGUGAAGGUUGAGACAUUGAAACUAGACAUGCAACCAACUGAACAUGUGAAUUUCAAUGUACUUGCUUUGCCUAAAAGCCAGAAGCGCCAAGAGAUGCUCAACUUCUCUGAGAAAAUAAACUGGAACGAUUCUUGGAAGAUGAUGAAACAUCAGCAUAGAGAAGAAAGAGCCUUGAGGAACCGGAGAAGACCACCUUCACAAUUCUCACAAACUCUCACCGAAUGGGACGAUUCUUGGAAGUUCACCAACUUAACUCUCAACCAAGAUGCCGGUUUAUGGCAGCAGGGUUGGUCUGCCAAUUCUCAACCAAGGCCUAUUAGAAGAGUGCGAGUAAAUGAAGACAUUACGCAUAAUGGACCAGCAGGGGUUUGCACAUGGGCAGAGUCCUGGAGGUCAACGAGACAUCAGCAUCUUCUGGAAAGACAAGCGACAAGUGCAUCUACCAAGUUGGUAUGUCACCAUACAUAUGCACGAUCCAUGGCUGACUGGGAACAAUCAUGGAAGUCAUCAACUCAUCUGUGUCAUCAUGAUGAACCGUCCAUGACGGCAUGGACUGGUUCAUGGAGGUUCUCCUGUUUGGAGGAUCUCCAACGUGAGCAUGCAUGGUUUGAGAGAUCAAUGGAAAUGAAAGGCAGAAAGGAACUUUGUAGAGCAUCGAACGCAUUUAGCAGAUCAUUUGUUUCUCAGACAUUCAAGGAACGAUAUCCUCCAAAUGAGUGGAAUGACUCCUGGAGGGUUAAAAAGAAGUUUGAUGGUCCUGGACUUGCGCAACUAAUGAAAAACGAAGUGUUAAAUUGGGAUAACUCUUGGAUGUUGACCAGCACAGAGUUUUAUCAAAAACAAAUCGAAUGUUAUUUGAAUUCUCAGAUCGAGAGCUGGUCAGAGUGGGGUCGAUCGUGGAAGAUGUCAAACCCACAACCACCAAAGAACAUCGCCUCGUGGGUUGAUGCAAAGCCAAGAUCGUUCAAUGCACAAGACUUGAUUCUUUGGUCCAAACACAAACGCAUCUAUAAUUUACCUUCUGCUUCGCUCAGAGACUUGAAGCUGGAAAUGUGGAGCAAGUCCUGGAGGUUCAUGACGAUAGACCUUGACUCGAAGCAAAGAAAGUAUGAGGACACAUCUGUGAUAGUGACAAAGACUGUAAAGAAAAGAAAGAAAAUGUACUCUGAUAUAGAUCAGCUGAAACCACAAAUGAAGAAAUGGAGUGAUGCAUCUAAAAUAGCAAAGAUGCAACCACGAGCAAAGCGUAACGUUCGGUCCAAAUCUGGCAACGUGGAAGAUGAAGAUGAAGAUAUGUUUGCAGAAUGGAUGGAAUCUUGGAAAUUCUCAAAUAAUUUAAAAACAUGUAAGCCUGCAAAUAUAUCUCUGAGCAAUUGGAAAAAGUCUUGGAAGUUUCUCCUUGAUUCGAAUGUAACAAUGAAUGGCCCAAAAUCUAGCAAGAAUCGGUGAGGAUUAGACUUUGCAUGUCAGGUUUCAUUUCAAAUAAAUGACAAGUGAUGUUUUUAAAACUUCUACAGGUUCACUGAAUAAAGUUGUGUGUCCUGUGCAGACACUUACAUUU